UGUGAAGGCGUUUGACUACUAUACAUGACUGGUACACAACAUAUCGUCAGCUCAUACAUAAGUCCGCUGAGAUUGUAUGCCGUAGUAAGCUCGUCGAUGGUGUUUUGGCGCCAACCUCCAUCAGCACGACUGACAAAUCAAUUAAAAAUAAAGAGAAUUUGGGAAUUAACAAUAAGUCUACAUUAUUUUACUCAUUUUGAAGUGUGUACAAGUACUGGUAUGUCACUGGGGAGGCGAUCUGACAGAGUGCGUAAAAAAGUAGAUUAUGCAAAGUUUUGUCAAGAAGAAGACAACAGCAGCAACAAUAGUGAUGAUGAUUUCCAAGAUGAAGCAGGGCCGCCACCACCACCAAAGAAAACGAAAUCAAAAGCCAAGUCAAAUAUUAAAUCAAAACAAGAAGAGACAAAGAGUAAAGAAUCAGGAAGUUUAAAAAGGAAAGAAAGAUUGUCAAGAGAUGAAAAGCUGUACCAGAAAGAAUUAGAGGCUGCACUGAAAGCUUCCAUAGAAGACUCUCAGCUAUCAUCUGGUAGUAGUACUACACAUGAUAACCAGGAAGAAUUUUCAGAUGAUGAAGUAGAAGUUGCAUCAUCCAAAUCGAAAAAGCCCAGGUUACUUCCUCCUUUGGAGAUAGAAGACAACAACAAAGAGAACAAUGUCAGUGGCUCGCACACUAAUACAGACAAAAAAGUUCCAAACAUCGAAGUGGAGGAAAGAAGAAAUGAUGACAUAAAAAAGAAACAAAGCAGAACAACAUCAGAUGUCAAGAAAGAGGUUUUACAACAAGAACAAGAGGAAGAUGAUGGUCUUGAUAGUGAUUUUGAACUUAGUGAAGAGUUGAGCAAUGAGGAAAGCGUAAGUGAGGGAGAUGACAGUGAUUUUGAUGAGGAAACAGAACUAAAGAAAACAAAUAAGGGCAAAGGGCGAGGAAAGUCAGCUGUGAGUUCACCAGCCAAACCAAGUAUUAAACCAAGAACAAGUGUGACAGUUACACCAAUCAAGAUGUUAAAGGGGAAAGGCAGUGGUAAAGGAAAGGUUUCAUCUGCAAACAGCAGCCACUCAGUGUCAAGUUCUGCAUCAAACUCACCAUCAAUUGUGUCCAUCACAAGACAUCAACCUUUACAGCAAGUGAAGGUGCACUCCACCUCACUCAACAAAAACAAUCCAGGAAUGCAAACUGUAAAUCUUGGUGGAGUUAAAAUCAACAACACUGGCCCUCCAAUACGUCUUGGACUUUCAAGAAAUGUGCGAGUUAAACCACUUCAUUCAAAUGUGUCUGUUCAACAGUGAGCCUAACAUGGCCUAUGUGCUAUGUGCACUUGUCACUUCAGAAGAAUGCUAACACCUUGAAGCAAAAGGGAACAAUGAUUGCCAAACUGCAAAUUGACCCUCCUGGAAUUUUCCACAACAUUAUGUUGGCAGGUUCCUUAUGUAUCUCAAGAGGAUUUGGAAUACCAAUGUAAAGAGGAUGUAGAUGUAAAAUGCAAGGUACUUUGAGUAGCUCUAGGCAAAUUGAUACAGAGAAAGUUAAAUUGCAAGGAAUAACCCUUUUAACUACAAGGUUUAUUUUAAUAAAACUUUUUGACAAGAUGAAAGGCCUUUAAUGUCAAAUUUUAGUUCUAAAAAGGAGUUGUAGCAUUUCAGCAGAGUCACAUAUAUAUGCUAGUUUUCAAGAAAGUUAUAAUGUGUUUGUAACUCAUAAAUUGAAUUUAUUAUUAGUACAGCAGUGUUUAAUACCUGUGCAGUUCUUAGCUUUGAGAAAGUUCUCCAGAGAUCAGUUUAAUGUCACUAACUCUUAGGUAACAUUAAAAAUAUUAACAUGUAUGAUAA